UACAAGCGUCUUUACGUUGCAUAGAAACCGCCACUGGAAGAGAUGAUAACAGCAAGACUAGCUAGCAACACGAGAUUCAUUGUUCUUUCAUCUAUUUAGAUAUUUAUAAAGAAAAGACUUCAUAAUAUACAUGGAAUACACUACCUGACUGAUCAUACAACCAGAACAUUAGAUUGAUUCAUUCAGCCAUGAACUAGCCAGCGUUCGAGCUAACUAGCAAAGCAAACGCAUUCGUAAACGGUUUAACGUUAAAUCAGCUAGCUAACAACUAGCGCCAUCAAGCUAAUCGCAUCAGCGAGUCCUGGCUAUCCGUAGUUAAAUUACGUUUGCUAAAUGAUAAUACAUUCUCGGCAGUGGGCUAUUUUGCCAGAGUCUGAGGAGGACGAGAGAUACAUAUGGCUAGGGGAACAAGUGACCUCUCCGAAUUGGAUCAGGAGAAAUACGACGCAGAUGAGCGAGUUAAGAUAAUUUGUCUCGGAGAUAGCGCGGUUGGAAAAUCCAAAUUGAUGGAAAGAUUCCUCAUGGAUGGAUAUCGCCCAGAACAGCUAUCCACAUACGCGCUGACGCUGUACAAGUACACAACCACCGUCGACGGGAAGGCUGUACUAGUAGACUUUUGGGACACUGCGGGCCAGGAGAGAUUUCAGAGCAUGCAUCCCUCCUACUAUUACAAGGCCCAUGCCUGUAUCAUGGUUUUUGAUGUCCAGAGGAAAAUCACAUAUAAAAACCUCGCAAACUGGUAUAAGGAGCUGAGAGAAUACCGACCAGAGAUCCCCUGCAUAGUUGUUGCGAACAAAAUAGACGCUGAUUUGAAGGUGACGCAGAGAAACUUUAACUUUGCGAAGAAGCAGGGUCUGCCUUUGUACUACGUGUCUGCUGCUGACGGGACCAACGUGGUGAAGCUGUUCAAAGAUGCAAUAAAGCUGGCGAUGUCUUACAAGCAGAACUCCAACGAUUUCAUGGAUGAAGUGAUGCGGGAACUUGAGAACUUUGAACUUGAACAAAAGGAGGAAACUUCAGACAAAGAAGACAACGUCUCCAAAGAGGAGAAAGACCAGCUGCCAUGAGAAGCCCUUGGAUUUGACCAUGUACUGAGCCCUGACGUUUCCAAGUGUACAUGAAUGGAUUUCAUUCCCUCUCCGAAGGAAAGGAAAUGCAGACAUGUCCAUAUUUUACAUAUUGUACAGGCUGUGUUAAUGUCCAACGUUGAGGUGCAAAACCCGUGGCAUACCUCUCCCUCUGUUUGUGUGCUUCAACGUGGAAUAUCAGCAUCCCUCACUGUGAAAAUGAAAACUCUACCCUCCCGUUUCUGCAGCUCAUUUCAAACGUGCACUGUGUAUGCAUUACUUCUGUGUUCAAUCCAAGCGCAGUAGUCAGUUUAAUUUUGUACUAAAUUCAGUAGACUUGCUGGAAGAUGUAGUGAAAUUGCCUUUUCGUGUCAUCAAAUGUUCAUUCGUGUUCUGGUAUAUUUAUCGACCAUUUUCCAGGACUGGAUGUGUGUGGUUGUCUAGGGAAUUAAGCUACAUUUAAUGGACUCCCAUUGUAUUUAAAAAAUAACUUGAUAAUAAUGUGUGUACUUUUGUAGUGUUGUAACAUAGAUUGCAAUAUCUGUGUACGUGCAAUAUUUAAACAAUUUCUGUGUAAUAUCAUGGUUAGGUUUUUAUCAAGGUAGCUAUUGUUCAAAUUCAGACACACUAAUAAUCAUAUAUACAGUGCUAUUACAAUAGACAUAUAUACAUAAUAGCACUGUAUACAUGUGCAUUAUCAUAGAUAUAUUGUAAUCUUGGGAUUUAUAAACGAAUAGGGUCACAUAACAUUGAGAAAUUCAUUUCACACCUGAUGUACCACCUGUGAACCAAAACAAAUUCAGUUCAUUUUUUUUCUUAUGUUAUUUAUUGCAUUGGUAUCGGAACUAGUACAGGGAUUCUGAACCCUGGUCCCGGAAUUCCACAGGGCCGACUGGUUUGUUUUCGUUGUCAAUCAACACUUGACGGAACUCGAGAAAUUCGCGCAACCGACUACACUGGUUUCACCUCGCUUGGUUUGGUGGAUCACGCAUCGGUUGCUAGGUGUAAGGUGAAAAUGAAAACCAGCAAUCCCUUGUGGGGCUGGGGACCUGUGCACUUGUACAUUUUGUUACGCACAUGUAUACUGUUCUUCGUAAUUCACUCUGGACAAGAGUACCUAACGAAUGUAAUGAAAUUUAAAGUGAAGGUUGUCGAUGGUGGUUACGAGAUUACAAGAAAGCUGGAACCACCGUGGCUUGUUAUCCUAGGUUUUUGCAAUUUCCUUUGAAGCAUAAAUAAAGAGCAUUCUGUGUCAUGUA